AGAGAAAGUGCCACGACUCUGCAGCCUGACAGACUCCGCUGAGACUUCCUGUGUGACACGCUGAUCAGUCAUGGACGUCUCCGACCCGCAGACUCUCGGCUUCAUGGUCUUUGGAGGCUUCAUGUUCAUCUCGGCGGUGGGCAUCGCCCUCGUCUCCACGCUCUCCAUGAAGGAGACGUCGUAUGAGGAGGCGCUGGCCAAACAGCGCCGCAAGCACACACAGCCCCAGAAAGCAGAGAAGAAGAAGAAGGACAAGAAUCUGGAGAAGAAGAACAAAUCCAAGAAGAAGGAGGACCGGCCUGAGGAGAAGCUCUCAGAACCAGGAAGUGAUGGAGGCGAGGAGCCUGAGGUGGCGCUGAGUACCGAGCCAGAAUCUGACCCUGAACCUGCAGCUGAGCCUGCCGCUGCACCUGAACCCCAGCCAACACCAGAACCCACUGUGGUCACUGCCGCCGAGUCUCCUCCAGCCCCCUCGCCAAAGGAGAAGAAGAAGAAGAAGUCCGCCAAGGUGGAGCCAGCUGCGGUGGUGGAAACGGUCGCUAAGGAAGUUCUGCUCAUGGCCGUGGCGCCGGUGGUAGAUGUUUCUCCGGUGAACGUCAUCACUGAAGGCACCAAAGAAACGUCUGCUGCUAAAACUGAAGAACCCAAAGAGACCGCGAGCAAGAAGAAGAAGUCCAAAAACAAACCGGAGCCAGUGGCCGACUCCUCCCAGCUGCUGCCAUACGGCGAGCUGCUGUCUGCCGUGUCCAACGUGACGCUCAGCAACGACGAGAUGCACAAACUCAUAGAGGUCUUGAACCGGAAGGCUGGGGUCCGCCACGACUCCUGGCAGCUGGCCUGUCAGAAAGGAGACCCACUGUCCACUCUGAAGAAACAGCUGGAGGAGAAAGAGAAGCUGCUGACCAGCGAGCAGGAGGGCGCCGCCACCGCCAAGAGCCGCCUUCGAGAGCUCAGCAAGGAACUUGGUUUGGAGAAAUCCAAGAUGGCGUCUUCUGAUGCCCGUCAGAAGGCGGAGCUGAGUGCUCAGGUUCAGAAGGUCAACACUAUCCGGGCCAAGAUGGAGACUUCUGACCAGGAACACCAGAAACAUACCGAGCAGCUCAACCACAAGAUCGGUAGUCUGCAGGAACAGCUGGAAAACGGUCCCAACGCUCAGCUGGCCCGGCUGCAGCAGGAGAACUCAAUCCUCCGAGAUGCCCUGAACCAGGCAACCAGCCAGGCUGAGAGCAGGCAGAAUGCGGAGCUGGCUCGUGUCCGGCAGGACUGUGUGCGUCUGGGUCGGGAGUUGACCGAGCGAACCGACGCUCUGCGGGCCGACGAAGAGCGCAGGAAGAGCCUGGAGGCCAAGAUGGCCGCCGGCGAGCAGAAAUUGGCACAAGCACAGCUUGUCCGGGACGAAACUGAGCGCGCUCUGCAGCAGCGACUGGAGGAAGUGCGUUUGCAGCUGAACGCAGCGCAGCAGGAAGCUGCUGCCGUUAGCCAGCUGCAGGGGGCACUGGCGUCCAGAGAAACCGAACUGCAGGAGCUCAAGGACCAGCUGGAGAAGCAGGCUGCAGUCCAGUCUGAAUCUGUGUGUGUGCAGGUGGACCGCUCGUCUGAAGUGGAGCAGCUGACGAACAGCGUGCAGCUCAGAGACGAGCAGGUCGUCACUCUGGAGGCGGAGCUCUCUCAGAUGAGGGCGGAGCUACAGCUUAUGAUAUCAUCACAGAGAGAGAAGCAGGAUGAAGCAGCAGCCGGAGAUCAGACGCAGAAAGACGGAUCAGGAAGUGAGUCUGAGCAGCCGUUUGAAAGUCUGGAGGAAGACUCUCAGCUGCUGCGUCUGGAGGAAGAACUUCAGCAGCUCAGAGAGGAGCUGCAUCAGGCUCGUAACCACGGCAACGAGCUGCAGGACACCACGGCGACGCUUUCGUGUGCAGAGCGCCAGAGCGAGCAGCGAGAGGCGGAGCUUAAAGUGGCGCUGACUGAAGUGGAGUCCAGGUUUGCUGCCCUGUGUCUGGACUUCCAGGCGUCGCUGCAGGUUCUGUUUCCUGGCGUCUCUGUGGAGGCGGAGCAGAGCGACUGGCUGGAACUUUUUACUCAGAAAGUUCAGGAGAGUAAAAGUGAAGCGGAGAGUUCUCACUCGGAGCUGCAGUCUCGGCUGAGCGAGGCGGAGAGGAAACAGACCGACCUGCAGGCCGAGUUCGAUCACAGCACGAAGCUGCUGCAGGAAACGGAAGUGGAGCUUCAGGCUCUGCAGCGCCGUUCUGCAGAAGAAGAAAUCGUCUGGAAGAACAAAGUGUCUGAGGCCGACGAGCAGAAACAAGCAGUCCUGGACCAGCUGAAGCAGCUGGAGGACAAAGUCCAGACGCCGGAGACAGAAGACACUCCGCAGCUGAAGGAGCAGCUGAUGCUGUUGGAGGCUCAGCUGGAGAAACAGCUGGAGGAGGCGAGCUUCACCCAGAGCUGCAGCGAGGAGCUCGCUCAGGUGCAGAAUCAGGUGCAGCAGAUGUCCGUCCGGCUGCAGGCGGAGCAGGAGCAGCGACAGCAGCUGGACCGAGAGCUGCAGCAGGCUCGACAGGAAGUGUUGGCGCUGCAGGCGGAUCAGAGUUCUGCGGCUCCGCUCGAGGGGACGGUCCAGGUGAAGGAGGAGACGCCGGUGUGAAGCGUGCCAACACAACAGAUGAGGAGUGUGUUUAGUUUCCCAGUGAAGCUUCUCGCUGUUUUAUUGAGACAAAUAAAGUGAAGCGUCUGAGA